UUGUGCGCGCUCCCCACGCUCCCAUGCACUGCGCGCGCUCUCCCACGUGCACACUCAUAGAGCACAUCAAAGCUUUUUUACGUCAGGGCAGACAGGAAGAAGAAAGCACAUCUGAUGGAUGGAUAGUUGGGAUCUCUGUCCUACAGAAAUAGGCCACAAGAAGAGCUGAUCUCAUGGCGGACAUCAGCCUGUCUCGGUGUGCCAUCGCCCAUCUGAUCCACUGUGAGUGAAAAUAAUCCGACCAGAGAUGACCGAGCAGCACCGCACAUCGCUGCUCGCCCUGUCGGUACUCCUGCUCUGGUGCACAUCAGUACACCAGACAGGCAGCAGCUCAUCAUCCUCGUCCCCAUCCAGGAAAACUGUCAACCAGCAUCAACUCGCUGCAUCAGCGAAGAUUCAGGAGAACGCAGGUCACGUGAUUAAUUCUUCUCUCACGUCAGAGAGAUCUGGACCGGGUCCAGAUGAAGGGGUGUCACCGGUGUGUGCCUACAGGGUGAUUGAGGGGGGGAUUUGGGGACAGCUUUGUUUUCGACAGACGCUGUUUGGGUACAAGUGUCUCAAGGAGGACUGCAGGUCACAAGUGUCUUUGGGGAGUCUGGUGGCGAACAUCCUCAUCAACGGCAGCGUACUGUUACAGUGGAGCCACGGGGGGGACAAGAACCGGGACAAAAAGAAUCUUAACGGGACAAACGCGACACGACUGCACGCUGUUUUCGGUGAACGGCGCCACCGGCGUGCAGGCUAUGAGCUGAGUUGCUGGUGGAACGGGAGCUACACCCAGUUCGAGUGCGCGAGUGUCCAUCUUGGAUCUGGCUGCAGGGACUUCCUCCUGUCCGACCUGCACGAGAACAUCCCAUACCGAAUCUGUCUGCGCUCCUCACCGGCCCGGUCCGACCCGGAUCAGGGAGAGCCGCGAGACUGCGUGGAGUUCACGCUGCCGCCGUCCGGGAUGCAGGACAUUGUGAUCGCCAUGACAACGGUGGGAGGGGCUAUAUGCGUGAUGCUGGUUAUCAUUUGUUUGCUGGUGGCAUACAUCACAGAAAAUCUCAUGAGUCCCACCGCGCAGCACGCGUACUCUUACCGUAGUCACACACGUCACUAAUGCCAGAGAAGAUCACGUAAACACGUGUCAUUGUCAGCAGGAUAGUAUCCUGACGCACAAUCUGUUCUGAAAAGAACAAGCCCCGCCCACCUCUGGCAGGGUGCACGAAACCAAAACAACUGUUAUGAUCUCUGGUCUUAGCAGGCCCAUUAAACAGCAAUACACUGACGGCCCCAUGACAUGGUUUUGGGUCUUGUGACAGAAAUGGUUUUGUUGAUGUCUCUGAGAGAAUUCUUGUUGACAUCCACAGGAACAACGUUCUGAAUGAAACUUUUCACCCAAUCAUCAAUGUCUGGUAUUGCUUUUAGAUCUGCAUGUAUUUGUAUUUGUAAAGGGCAAUACUAGUGUACAAUCCUAAUACUGUGCCAAGCAUCAUGAGCUAGAUUUCUUUUGUCUUAUUGACUAAAAAUAAAAGAGGUCCCUUUUAAUAUUUUA